AUGUGGGCAAGGAUAAGAGCUCUAAAGAUCAAACGAGUUGAGAAGGAAUUGAGGGAAGUUCGCAAAAGCCUAAACAUAAAUGAGGAAUAUGUGAGUGCAUUAAGAACCAAAUCCUACGCCGACUUCUUCAACAAAGCUCAAUUACUAGUAAACCAUGAGCAAUCUUCUCCGUCUUAUUGCCAUCGGAAGUUCUCGGAAACCCUACUUGAACCGGGCCAAGAAGCGAUACCCGGCAUACUAGAAUCAGCUCUAAUUCUUUCCAAACUACCGGAGCUCAAAACUCUUAUGCUCAAGUACUUUGACAUCAGCGCCGAGGCCUCAACAAUUUGCAGCCACCUUCUCAGAAGCAUCAACCAAAUACAAUCCAAUCAUCACUUCAUCCAACGGCUGCUCGACGGCAUCGAUGAUAUAAGUCGUGAUCAGGAGUGUUCUCCUGAGAAUUUCAAGCUGAUCAUCUCUGAGCUAAACUUGUUCAUCGGGACAAACCCUUUUUUGAAUCCAAACGACCACGAUUUCAAGAUGAUACGCGAAAAGUACUCUGCAGUGUUUCAGUGCCUUAAAUCAAUGAGGAAGAAGGUGAGAAAGAAGAUAAAACUCAUCAAAGGGUUACAAAAGGCUUCUGGGAUUUGCAUUACAGCGGCUUGUGGCCUAGUAGCUCUAGCAGCCAUUGUUUUAGCAGCACAUACUCUCACCGCCCUUUUCAUGGGACCUGCGCUUUUCGGCUUUCCAUUGAAACGCUUGGUGAACAAACUCUCUAAUUUCUCAUUUCUGAGAAGUGGAUUUCUCAGAAAAGUGGGGAAUCAGCUGGACUUAGCAGCUAAGGGAACUUAUAUUCUGAACAGAGAUUUCGACACGAUGAGCAGGCUUGUGGCGCGUCUGGGCGGCACAUUUGAUCACAACAAGAAGAUGAUACAAUCCUGCUUGGUGAGGAGAGAGUACAGGUUUUGUUUGCAGGCGGUGAAGGAGCUUAAGAAGGGUGAUUUUGGGUUCAGAAAGCAAAUGGAGGAGUUAGAAGAGCAUGUUAUUCUGAGCCUUGUGACUAUUAAUAGGGCUAGAGCUUUGGUAAUUAAGGAAAUGUUCUCUAGUACAGCAUGUGCAGAAGAACUAUAG